CAUCCCUAUUUCAGAAUCCCCUCCCACUCCCAGCCAUAAUUUCGUCUCCUUUCUCUUAGGUCUUAGCCAAAGAGGAGAGGGAGAGAAAACUCCACAAGGUAGAAAAUCAGACAGAAAAUGGAGAAGGCGAAGCAGUUCCUGGAGUCGAGCGAAGAUGAAGCGAACAGGGUAUCGCAACUCGUGAUUCAUCCUCACCGAGUCGGCCAUGAGUGCAGCUUCUACGAAGACUUCGCUUUACGAGGCAUCCGAGUCGACCGGGUCGACCCCGGCCUCGUUUCUUGUACCUUCACCGUGCCUCCACGCCUCACCGACAAGAGCGGGAAGCUAGCCACCGGAGCGAUUGCCAACCUGGUCGAUGAGGUGGGAGGCGCGGUGGUUCACGUGGAAGGUCUUCCCAUGAAUGUCUCUGUCGAUAUGUCCAUCUCCUUUCUCUCUGCCGCUAAGGUCCAUGUGCGUGAGGAUCAUAGUUUCUCGUUCUUGAUAUGUAAUGAUGAGUUGGAGAUUACCUCCAAAGUGUUGGGGCGGAAAGGCGGCUACGCUGGAACGGUUGUGCUGGUGAAGAACAAGCUGACUGGGGAGUUGAUAGCCGAGGGCCGCCAUUCUUUGUUCGGCAAACUUCCCAGCAAGAUGUGAUCCAAUCUCCGGGAUAAUAAAACGCUUAUGCUCUUUGAUCGUCUUUUCGUGCUUGGAACACAGGUAGGCUCUCUGUCGGAUGCUGAAACAUGACUUUGCAGUUUGCUGGAUAGGAAAUGCGGAGUCUUGGCAUUGCAUGAUGUGCUACCAGUAGAAAGCAUAACUUUCCACCCGUUGUGGUAGGAUCUCUUGCUGUUAACCUAAAUCACAAUUGAAGAUAGAUGCCUGGAGAAAGGAUGACUCGUCUGCUAACCUUUUGGUUGUUCGUUGGCCAAUCUAGUGAAUGUAGUGUAACUGCAAGUACUUUCGAUGUUCAUGACUUCAUGUAUAGACAUAGCUUUCGAGUUGCAGUUCAAUUCACCAUUGGCCAAUUGCUUUAGAGACCAGUAGUGAUAGCGUUUGUAUUGACUGCUAACCUGGUUUGAUGGUAUCGUCAUCUUUCCAUAUAUAGUCAGUCAUUAAGCGUGGAUCCGAAACCUGCCUUUGUGCAGACUAGUUCCGCCUGUGUUUAGCUGGCGAACAUACAUCAGGAUGGAAUUUGUACUCAGUGGUAUAGAAUGCUAGUGGGAACUGAAUCAGGCAUCCACUUUUCUUGUUAAGAAGCAUAUUUGAGUUAUGACUUUUCUGCAACUACCUGGUUCUUGAUACGAUGAGAUUGAUUUCAGCAAUAAUGGAGACUGUUUGCUUUCCCUGGAUUGAAUUUCCGCAGCUCUUUGUUUAUGAGAACAGUACAAAGCCACCAAAAAUACUUUUGUUCAAAACAUGGGUUGUAAACUUGUACUUUUGUUUAAGGGCCUUAGUGAUGUGAAGAAAGCCCCCAUAUGCGC